AUGGAUCACGCGCACAUGGACCAUAGCGGCAUGAGCCACAGUGGGAUGGACCACGGAGACAUGGACCAUGGCCACGGAGGAGGCAUGAAGGAUAUGUGCAGCAUGAACAUGCUGUUCACUUGGGACACCACCAAUCUCUGCAUCGUCUUCCGCCAAUGGCACGUUCGCUCGACAACCUCCCUCUUCUUCUCUCUCGUCGCCGUGAUUUUCCUCGCCGUCGGCUACGAAGCUCUCCGUUCCCUCUCGCGACAGUACGAAGAAGCCCUCGAUAAUCGUGUGCGAGCCGCGCCCAGACAAUCCCAAGGACAAGCCGAUCAGCGUGCUCACCUCGUCAAGGCUGUCUUAUAUGGCCUACAGAACUUUUAUGCGUUCAUGCUCAUGUGA